CUGAGUUUUGACACCAAAAUAAAAAAAUAAAAUUCUAGAUAUUUCCAAAUGGUUAUUUUGCAGCUAAUUGGAUUUUUUAAAAUUUUAGACAUUUUGUAACUUUGGAUUUGCAUUAUUUUGGGUGUUUUGGGUGUUUGUUAUGCCGACCAGAUAUAAGGUUCAAUACUACAGCAACAUUGCCUGGUACAACUACAACAACCUUUCCCUCUACUAUCUUGACGUCUACUGUACCUGGAGAUGUGGUGCAAGUGGAGGCUGCUUUAUCACUAAACCUGCAAGAUCUGGAAAGGCCUGCAAGUGUUCCUAUGUUGCACCAUUAGUAUUUCCAUGCAAGGGCUCUGUUGUUAACUGUAAAGAUUCUAAUGAUAAUAAAUGCAAACAACCAGACACAUCCUUUCAAGCAUGUCAACAAGGAAGUGGGGACUGUGAAGGCGAUGAUGAGUUUAGUUGUGAUUGUGAUUACACAAAAGGUGGAGAUGAAGGAUGUAAAGUGUCAAGAGCAGCUCGCCCCGGAAAGGCAUGCAAGUGUAAAUAUGUUGCCCCACUGUCUUACACAUGCUCUGGGGAAACUGUUGAUUGCAAAGCACCAACAAAUGAAAAAUGUGUCAAUCCAGACACAUCAUAUUCUUCAUGUGUUUUGGGACUUGGGGACUGUGAGGGCUAUGAUGAUUAUUUUGACUGUGAUUGUGAAUAUGAAUACAAAAACGGAUUUAUGGGUAUCCCCAAAGCUUCUGGAUGUAAAAUAAAGAAAGCACCGCCCCGUGGAUACAAAUGUGACUGCUCCUAUAUGGGUGCCUACUGCCUAUACCUGUUCUGGAUCAAACGAGAAAUGCCCCAUCCCUGACAACUGCUGGAAUCCAAAUUCAUCCCGAAAUUUCUGUACUGGUGACUGUGCAGGCUACUAGACUAUUAGCAAUUGAAUCUUUGGUUUUCAAAAUAAUUCGAAUUUUAUUUUUGUAAUUCAUUUUUCCAAAUACAUUAGCAUCAAUCAACAAAUUAUAAAAUUAUUUUUAG